AUGACGACGAUCGCAUGGGCCGACGUCCUUGGCGCGUCGGCGACCGAGACCACGCUCACGAUCCAUACGUGCCCGCGCCAGGGCGAGGGCACGCGCAAGCUCCGCACGCUUGUGGCCAAGAGCGACGACACGACCCUGUUGGCGCACUUCGCCAUCGCCACGCACUUUCUGGCGCGCUUUGGCUGGGCGCCGGAGCGCAGCCUCGAUGACAUGUUGCACGCGACGCCGGCACCCCGCAAAUGCCUCGUGCUCAUCAACCCCAUCGGCGGCUCGGGCAAGUCGGAAGCCAUGUUUGAGAGCGUGCGUGGCUUCUUUGACGCGGCCAGCAUCGACGUGACAACCCAGUGCACCGAGUAUGCGGGCCACGCGACCGAGAUUGGGCGCACGCUGGACCUUACAGCGUUCGACUUUGUGGUGUGCGUCGGAGGGGACGGGCUCGCGUCCGAAGUCGUGCAGGGCCUCAUGCGGCGCCUCGACUGGCACGACGCGAUUCGCUUUCCGUUCGGGCUCAUUCCGGGUGGCUCGGGCAAUGGCCUUACACAAUCACUUACAAAGCUGCUCGGCGAAGCCUUUGAGCCUGAAAACUGCGCCUACCUGAUCGUCAAGGGCGCGCCGCAGCCCAUCGACAUGAUGACGGCGCGCAACGCCGAGCAAGAAACGUUCUACAGCUUCCUCUCGCUCGCAUGGGCGUUCGUCGCGGACGUCGACUUGGAGUCGGAGACGUACCGGUUCCUCGGCGGCGCGCGCUUCACGAUGGCGUCCGUGGCCAAGAUCCUCUCUUGGAAGCGCUGGCACGGGACACUCUCGUAUCUGCCGAUCGAGGCCGACGAGAGCAGCGAGAGCGGGUUCUGGGAAAGCAACCCCACACCAUCGGGGUCGGCCCCACAGCUCGACCUUCUGCACGACAUUUCGGCGCCCGUGCCGACACAUUGGAAAACGAUCGAAGGACCGUACUCGUUCUUUUGGGCGACGAGUGCGGCCCUUCCGUCGUCUGACUGCCACCUCGCGCCUGGUGCGCACAUCAACGACGGCUACAUUCACAUUAUUGCCGCGCCUGAGAAUCUCUCGAUGGUUGCGCAGACCCAACUCCUCUUGGGCCUCGAUACAGGCGCGCAUAUCGAGUACCCGUUCGUCCACGUCAUCAAAACCCGGGCCUACCAACUGCGGCGCACCGACACCAACUACGUUUCGAUUGACGGCGAGCGCCUCGGUGGCGAGACCAUCCAGGUGCAAAUGCACAAGGGCCUCGGGCGCGUCAUGUGCUUGCCACUGCCGGCGCAGACGUAA